CAACGCUCGAAAGCAUCAGAAAAAGCUCAGCUCUGUUCGCUUCUCACUUCUCUCCCGACCAUCCCAACCCAUUUUCAUUUUCCUGGGAAGCAAACAGAUCGAGCUUUACUCACUGCAUCUAGAAGCUACUAAAUAUGCCGAAGAAGGGAAUGAGGAGCCUCUGGUUUCACUCCAAAACUUCUUCCUACUCUCUCUCUCCCAACUCUUCACCUUCAUCGAGACCCUCCCACUCAACCCGCCCUAUUCCUCGCUCCACAAGCUUCUCCUUAGAUUCCGCCAUGAUCGACCAGUCCAUUGAAGCCGCCGCCGCCUUGAUCACCAAAUGGAAUCCGGACAGCUCCUCUUACGCUAAUGUUACAUCUCUCUUCUACGAGAGCAAGGUGGAGGCCAUGCAGUUUAUCCACAGCGUUAACAAUCUCCAGAAAGCCAUGCACGCCUUGGUCUCCGACAAUUCUUCUUCCUCCGACAAGCUCGUGCAAGCUCACAAGCUAAUGCAGAUUGCCAUGAAGAGACUCCAGAAGGAGUUCUAUCAGAUCCUUUCCAUGAACCGGGCUCACCUUGAUCCAGAAUCCGUGUCCGCCAGAUCCUCACGCGCCUCCGCGAGAUCAAGCAUCUCCGAUUAUGAAGACGACGACGACGACGUGCGCCCUGCAGGGGCUUCCAUCGAGGAAGUCGAGGAGGUUUCUUCCAUUGCCAUGGCGGACUUGAGGUCCAUAGCCGAGUGCAUGAUCUCCUCCGGUUAUGCCAAAGAGUGCGUCAGUAUUUACAAAAUCAUCAGACAAUCAAUAGUGGAUGAAGGCAUUUAUCGUCUCGGCGUCGAGAAACUAAGCUCCUCGCAAAUCAACAAGAUGCCCUGGGAAGUGCUCGAGUUGAAAAUCAAGAACUGGUUGGACGCAGUGAAAAUAUCCAUGAGGACGCUCUUCACUGGUGAGAGAAUACUGUGCGAUCACGUCUUCGCGUCCUCGGACUCCAUUAGAGAAUCGUGCUUCACCGAGAUUUCCAAACAAGGAGCAACUAUUCUGUUCAAUUUCCCCGAAGUCGUCGCCAAAAGCAAGAAAUCUCCGGAGAAAAUUUUUCGGGUGCUCGACAUAUACACCGCGAUCUCCGAAAACUGGCCCGAGAUUGAGUCCAUAUUCUCUUUCGAAUCAACUGCCAGCGUCCGAUCUCAAGCCAUCACCUCAAUUAUCCGUCUCGGCGAGUCGGUUCGGGCAAUGCUAUCGGACUUCGAAUCAGCGAUCCAAAAGGAUUCGUCCAAAUCGCUGGUCCGCGACGGCGGAGUUCACUCUGUGACGCUCCACGCGAUGAAUUACCUCUCGCUCCUGGCCGAUUACAGUAACAUCCUAGGUGACAUUUUUGCCGACUGGCCUCAGCCUGCGAAAUCCUCAUUACCGGAAUCUUACUUCGACAGUCCACAAUCCGACGAAUCUCCGGUAACGGCAAUUUCCAUGCGUAUAGCUUGGCUGAUCCUCGUGCUUCUGUGUAAGCUCGACGGCAGAGCCAAGCAUUCCAAAGACGUUUCUCUCUCGUACCUCUUCCUAGCCAACAAUAUCCAACAUGUCGUCUCCACCGUACGUAGGUCGAAUCUGCAGUACCUUCUUGGCGAGGAUUGGGUCGCAAAGCACGAAGCCAAAUUACGACAGUUCGCUGCGAAAUACGAGCGGCUAGCCUGGGGCAAGGUGAUCGCUUCACUACCGGAGAACCCAACCGCCGAGAUUUCCUCGGCGGAAGCAAAGGAGAUUUUCAGGAAAUUCAAUUCGAGCUUCGAAGAAGCGUAUCUGAAACAGGGUACGCUCGUUGUAUCGGACCCGAACCUCCGAGACGAAAUGAAGGUGUCCAUCGCGACAAAGCUCGAACCGGUUUAUCAAAAAUUUUAUGACAAGUAUCGGCCAACAACCGGAAGAGGAGUGAGGAACGCGAGGUUAUUUGUCAGAUUUGCCCCUGAAGAUGUGGGCAAUUACUUAUCAGGCUUGUUCUUGGGAACGAUUGAACCGGUUGACUGUGGAAGUAGCCCGUCGCCUUCCUCGCCCUCGUCUCAUCGGCGGCGUGAAAGAUCUAGACGGUGAAGAUUUAUGCGCCGGUUUUAUUGGGUCUUGACCGCCGGUUUUUGUUUUUAUUCCCUAUUAUUUGGAGAUGCAUAUAAUAGAAUAAUUAAGACUCGUUAUUAAUUUUGAAAAAAAAGUGAAAUUUAUG